UUAUUCCAGCAUGUGAAUGAGAGAAGAAACUGUGUUUUUAUAUUUUUACUAUGAAUUUCUGAAAAAUUAGGACACAAUGGGGGUUGUAUGUGUUGCCUCCUACCCUGUACCAGAGGGCAAGAGCGGACAGCAGAUAGUGGAUGUGUUGCAGUCGAGAUUGGAACAACUGGGCGCUGAAAAGAGUGGACAGUUUAAUGUGGAUUGUGAAACUUAUCAAUCUCAAGUUCCUUCAGCUCAGAAUAGACUGGUGCACCUCCUACACAACAGUGAGCAGCCUGCGACAUGUUUUGCUGUCCUCGACACAGGCACGUGCUUAGUUGCGGACAAUCUCUUCAAUCUGCUCAUGUUGAAGCUGAAAAAUUUCUACCCUACAAGGAAAGGUUUUAAGAUAGAGUCCAAAGGACAAAGAUAUUCACUGGGGGAUUUUAUCAUUAAAAUAGGAUCUGUUACCUUUGGGCAAAAUAUUAGCUUUAAAGGAAUUUUGGUUGAGGUAGAGUAUUGUCCGUGUAUGGUCCCCGGGGACUGCUGGGACCUGAUGAAGGAAUUCAUGCAAGGAUUUAUGGGUAACUGUGUGGAAAAUCCCUCCAAUUAUCUUAAAACCAAGAUGGACAUAAUGUACACCCCAGCAGAUACCAUACAGCAGUAUUUAGAACACUUCAAAACUUUCAGGAAGGAAUCCCUGGCAGUGACACGGUGAAUGGUAGUCCUGUUCCACUGGAUGUUCUUUUUUUCCUAGAAACUUUUAUCUUUGAAAGAGUCAUGCCAUAUUUCAGCUGUCACGGGUGCAGGGGUACUGCUACCCCUGUAGUUGAACAGUUUGGUGGCUGUGGUAUAAUGAACUUGAUAAUGAUUGGAAAAUUUACAAGCGGGAACAAAUAAUAAAUUUGCUUACAAAAAGGGUUUUUGAAAUUCAAGCAAACUCUAGUCUAACAUUACAAAAAAAAAUUCUGUGUUACAACACAUCAGUUGACAGCCACCUUCAAAUCCAAUGACCUGUUAUAUUAGACAGUAAGGUUUGAAAGAAGGAGUUGAGAUUUCAGACAAAUAAAUGUUAUCACAAAUACAUGUGUAAUGAAUUAAAUACCUUUAUUACCAUAACAAUGGUCAACAAUGAUUUGCCCUGAUGAUUUGUUUUUGUCUUUGAAAAAAGUUAAAGUUAAUACAAAAGUUAAACUAUAUAUUUAUGUUAAAGGGGUA